AUGCUGCUAUUUCGCAGCGGCCAAGCCGCCAUUUCAAUCUUAACUGUCGUUCUUCUUUACCCAUAUACACUCCUUGCAAGUCACUCAGAUGGCCUUUCGCCGUACGGUAAUGGCUAUGCGCCAGACGUUGUUCAUCCACCUAACCAAGGCCGUGGACUGCACGAGUCUCGCGGCACUGACUUAGACCCCAAUGAUUUCGACAACUCGACAGUCACAGUCUAUGAGAGUUCUGGACUUGACCGUAGAGCUGCUAAAGACUUUUAUCUGAGAGUAAUGCCACUUGGUGCUUCCAUCACUCAGGGCUACAAGUCUAGCGAUGGUAAUGGCUACCGCAAGUGGCUCCGAGCUCAGCUCCGAUUCCGCGGAUGGAAGGUCAACAUGGUUGGAUCAGAGAGAGAUGGUACCAUGGCAGACUCAGACAAUGAAGGCCAUCCUGGCUGGACGAUUGAGUCCGUUCACGGCGCUUGGACCAAAAGCAAGUGGAUGAAGCCAAACCUGGUUCUCAUCAACGCUGGAUUAAAUGACUGCAACUCGGGAGGCGACCCUAGCAAAGCCGGCGAACGAACAAAAAGCCUCGUUGAUGAUAUCUUCGACAGUGUCCCUGGCGUGACAGUCAUUCUAUCAACCCUCCUCCUAAACAAAGACUCGUCGAGAAACUCCUGCUCCGACGACAUCAGUAAGCAAAUCCGAAAAGUCGCAGCAGGAUACAAAGGAGCACGCAUCGCCCUCGCAGACGUACGAAGCGUCAUGUCCAUGGACGACAUCGGCCCUGACAAAGACCACCCUACCGACGAUGGGUACAAGAUGUUUGCGGGUGUUGAUAAUAUCGAUGAUGCAGCUGGUGGUUCGAGUAACCAGUGUAAAAAGGUUGCUGGUAAUGCUGGUUUGCCUGGUCAGUCUCAGAUGGGCAGUGGUCAUGAUGAUGGGAAUUAUGUUCACAAAAGCACUUCGAAGGGAGUUAUUGAGAGUGCCGAGAUUGACAAGGGGAGCGAUCCGAAGGCUAUUACUGAUGCGAUUCCUUGGCAUAUUUUCUUUGCGAAUAUUGUCAAGGGUGACCCGAAUGCGGAACGGACGGCUUCUCUUGAUGAUUGGAUACGUGUGUAUCAUAACACCAAGGACAAAAACGCGUAUUGGUUCCGCCAGAACUUGGGAGGAGGCAAAUUUGACAAAUCGGUUCAGUUCGAUGUUGACAUGAACUGUGAUUUGGGCCCUUGGUACGCUUUCGCCGACUUUAACAAUGACGGCCUCGACGACUUCUUUUGUAUCAAGGAGAACGCUGUAUGGGUCUCGCUCAACCGAGGCGGAAAUCCCCCCAAGUUUGAGAGCAUCGGCCAAGUCAUCGGUGGUUUUGACGGCCUGAAAGUCACUGAUGUACGCAUCGCAGAUAUCGAUGGUGACGGAAGAGCAAACUUUUGUCUAGUCAAGUCUGCUGGCGAGAUAGCGUGCUCCCGGAACGGUGGCUGGGGCGACAAGCCUCAGUGGCAAGGGUUCAGCACAGCCAAGGGCAUUCGUGGAACUGUCUUCAACAAUGCCCAACCAGACAAGGCCGGUAUAAUCCUUGCCGACCUCAACGGAGAUUUCCGGAGUGAUGUUAUGUACAUCGGCGAUCACGGUCAAGUCAGCACAUGGAUCAACAACAGAGGCAGCGGUAGCGGAAUAGUACCGAAAUGGAGAUCCGCGGGUCAAACCCAUGCUGGCCAAGCCGUGACGGGUAUCCAAGACAGCAUCAAGUUCGGACGCAUCUACGGCUCCAACCGUCUUGACUACAUCUUCCUCAAAGAAGAAAAAGACCACUUUGACGUAGUAGUCUGGCAGAACCAGGGCGCUGGAGGAACAAAGCUUAAGGCAGACGGCAACUACUACUGCGAUAUGCGAGGUACUGGCAGCGAUGACUAUGUCUGGAUAUACCAGGACGGCCAUGCUGCUGAGAUCAAUGUCAACAUCCACUCCCCGCCUGCGUGGGGACACAACACCAAGAUCGAGCUUAAGGUCCCUAGGCCGCGAAACGGUAUACAUCUCGCUGAUUGGACUGGCGAUGGGAGGUGCGAUGUUAUCGUGCAGAACAAGGCAACCGGACAUUUGACGGUGUACAAGAACCAAUACGACAAGGGAGCUGAUCGCAUUUCUUUUAAUAGCGUAACCGCUGUUUCGACAGACUGCAACCAAGGCUGGGGUGUUGGUAUCUUUGAUCUGGGAAUGAGAUUCCAUGACAUCGACGGCGAUGGACGAGCUGAUGCUUUGUGCAUUGAGAAGAACGGCCGUAUCACUGGCUGGCUCAACAAAGCCAAUGGCCUGGAGAACGUUGGCCAGAUCAAGUUCUCAGAAGGCUGGGAUCGAGCCAACAUCCGUUUUGCAGAUGUCGAGGCGUCUGGACGAGCCGACCUUCUUCAUGUUGACAAGUACACUGGUGCUGUUGAUGUCUUCACCAACAAAGGUCAUAAAGCUCAAGGAGGUAGCUCGUUUUCUUGGACUAACCGCGGUAUGCUUUAUAAUCCUAUUGAUCGAGGCGAGAACAUGGGCGGCAAAGGUCGAGCGGAUCUAGUCAAAGUUGAUCCUCAAACAAACAAAGCAUGGACAUACUGGAACCGGUGUAGCUCGACUGGUGGAGACGACAGUUCCCCAACAACGGACCCUGGUUUGCCCAAGACUGGCGGUGGCUCUGUAGGAGACGACAUUCCUAUUAUUGACCUACCCGGUAAAGGCGAAGACCAUGGCCAGGGCGUGUGCAAUCACACGAUUCAGACCCCGGAUAUCAACGUCGCACACAAAAGCUGGAAAGACAGUGGCUCGGCUGAGUGGUGGAAGAAGUGGAUUCACGACCACGGAGCAAAGAACUGGUCCGAUCGCUUUUUCAUGCAAGUCAUGGACACGCCAUCAGGUUCGACUUAUGAUUGCACUAUCUUGACUUCCUCGAGCUGCGCCUUGCCCGAGGACAAACGCUGCUCCACUUACAUUCCACCACAAGGCUACUACAUGCACUUCCAGAUAUCCAACACCUUUGAUGGUUUCAAAACGCUUUGGUGGCAGACUAUCAAGGAAUCUGUAAUACAGCUCUCCUCGGGGAUCAAGAAGAUUGUUCGAGAAUACGGCACACCUCCCCAGGAACAAAACGGAGACUUCGUGAAUAUGCUCGUUGGCAUCCUGACUUCGCUGGCAGGCUUUGGUGCUGCUAAGCCUCUGUUCACAGGCACAAUGACUUCCUUUGCCGGUAUGUUUGCUGCGAUGUCGGCUGGCACGAGCUGGGAGGAGAAAGUCUCACCAGAAACCUUGGAAAAGAAGCUUGAGGAAGCAUAUGGUGAUAUGUUUAGUCAGAUCCUCAACUCGACUGAGAACUUUGUUGGCAACAUGUUUGGUGGUGUAAACCCAUCCGGCUGGAGCGACGACAAGAUGACGGAAUUUGUGUAUGAGUUCUUCCGUGAUGGUGACUGGCUCAGUAGGGACAUUACGAAGCCUUUUAUGAACCAUUAUAUCACGCAGGUGCAGAGCAAAUGGGAUGAGUUCGCUAAUGUCAAGGCCAUGAAGUCAAGGAACAAAGCCGAUUACUUCCUCAUGGUCAGUGAUGAGGACACUGAGUGCUCAAAGCACCACAACGGUGUUGGUUCGAUUCCAAGUUACCAGGACAUGUCUGAACAGGUCUGCAAAGAUCACAUGGAAGGCUGCCUCUGGCACGAGAAGCGCUGCAUCUGCUUUGGCUCCAAAGGCAACGGUCCCGGAAGUAUCGGUGGAGUACGAAACCUCCAAGGCGAUGACCUCAAGACGCUGAAGGACUAUGUUUUUGACUAUAAAGCGGCUCUCAAGAACAACUAUGAUUGCGUAAAGUAUCGGAUCGACAACCCCAAGCGCUGCGUUUCCGUCAAUGGCAACGUUCCCGAGGAAUGUAACAUCAAAGACGCCACUGUUCCGGAUUACAACGACAUGGAUAUUGAGAACCCGAUUCAGUACACUAAGUGUUGGUUCAACUUGCCGCCGGCGAUGGGUUAUGAUUAUCUCUGUGGUUGGACUGAGGAUUGA